AUGUUUGUGCCAACUGCACAUUGUGAAGGAAAGAGAGUAUUUCAUUGUAUGUGGAUCAGCAGCCCCUUCGCGGUUCUGCUUCCCCCUUCCCCUCCUCCAGCUGCUCCUCCAUUCACCUCCAGCUCAGAUCCCCCUUCUCCACCCUCCCGCGUCCGUUGGGGUAAAGAAAGGCUCCUCCAGGCAGCACAAUGGCUGGCGCUCCAAGGAAGCUGGGCUCACCCUGCGCAGGCCGCACACGUACUCCACUGCCCUUUUGGCCAAACGAGGCGCAGACACGGGAGUGGGAGGGGGUCGGGGGUGUCGAGCAGCCAGGAGGGAAGGGAUAGGCUGGAGGGAAAAGCGGGCUGUGAUAACACCCCCUCAGGCUCUAUCAAACGCUGCGCUGCCCAGCUCCAGAGCCCCGGGCCCUCAGGACGUAAAACAAUCGCUCCCCCAGCGCCUGCGGCCGCCGCUGCCAGCGGUUCUGACACUGCAGGAAUGCGCGGUCUGGGAAAGGCUUCGCACCCCGGGGAGGGGCACCGGAAGGGACGCUCCAAGAUGAGUACGUGCAAUAACUACCAAUAUGGAUACCUCUCAGGGCCUGAAAAUAGGUUCUGGAUAAAAACGCAGGCGUGGCUGUCUGCGGAUGGCCGCAGACACACUCAAACUCUCCCUUUUACUCCCCUGGAGACUGAGGAGGGCAAACCGAGGAUAGAUUCCUCUCGCCCCAAAUCGGGUUCAGACUUCAAGCCAAAGGUGAAGAGGCCAGCAGAAACGCUUUUGUCGCCCUAAGAUGCAGGAUGGGAGCUGGAUCCAGGCUGA